AUGCGGCCUCUCACCAUCGCUCCUUGGACGAGGGAAUUCUCCACCCUAUGCCCCAACCCUGAAACAGAUCAGCCUCGGGAUACAAUACAGGAACCAGCCUUUUCUAAGCAGAAAUCAAUCACGCCCUCGCACCUACCCCACCUUACCGCUUCCGGCUCUGCCCACAUGGUCUCCAUCACGACAAAGCCUGUCACUUCCCGCACCGCUGUCGCCGUCGGUCGCGUCCGCUUCUCGAAUUCUGCGCCACUCCCGCUCAUCAAGUCCAAUGCCCUGAAGAAGGGUGAUGUGCUGGGCGUGGCGCGUGUCGCGGGUAUCAUGGCAAGCAAAAAGUGCCCGGAGAUCAUACCACUCUGUCACCCAAUUCUACUCAGCCACGUCGGGGUCCAGCUCGCUCUUGUGGACAGCGGGGCCGAAGGGGCCGAGCACGGUGCUGUCGAGAUCGAAGCAAAAGUUGAGUGUACCGGCGCUACGGGAGUGGAGAUGGAGGCGUUAACGGCGGUGAUGGCCGCGGCGCUGACGGUUGUGGAUAUGUGCAAGGCGGUUGAUAAGGCUAUGGUGGUUGAGGGUGUUACGGUGGUGUUGAAGGAAGGGGGCAGGUCCGGGACGUGGAGGGAGGACGGGUGGAUUAGUCGGUUUGGGACAUGA